UUGUCCAAACAGAGAAAACCAAAAAUCUCAGCCUCAAGGAAGCUGAUGCUCAAGAGUCUCAUGGUGGCAAAGGCCAAAGAGGAACUGGAGCAGGAGAUCCUAGUCAAAGAGGAGGAGAAACACAGGUACCUGGCAGAGAGAGCUCCUCCUCUGAACACCAGCGGCCUGAGCCUUGGACAGCUACAGGAUCUGUGCAGAGAGCUUCAUGCCAAGAUAGACGUGGUUGAUGAGGAGCGAUAUGACAUUGAAGCCAAAGUCAUGCUCAAUACACGAGAGAUUAAAGACCUGAACAUCAAGGUUUUGGACCUCAGGGGGAAAUUCAAGAGGCCUAAUCUGCGGCGUGUUCGGGUGUCAGCUGAUGCCAUCCUUCGCUCGCUGCUGGGCUCCAAGCACAAAGUCUCCAUGGACCUCCGAGCCAAUCUCAAGUCUGUCAAGAAAGAGGACACUGAGAAGAAGAGGCCAGUGGAGGACAGUGACUGGAGGAAGAACGUGGAGGCCAUGUCAGGGAUGGAGGGAAGGAAGAAGAUGUUUGAUGCUGCUAAAGGUUCAGCCCAGUGAAGGCAGAGGGGCGGCUGGUGUCAUAUGUACAAACAGCACUCCUCUACAUCUCCUCUUCAACGUCUUUUGCAGCUUCAGUGUUUUUGUUUGGUGCCGUCCUUCUUAGGCAUGCUCCUGCCAUAGAGGUGAGAAGACUCUCCUGAAGGGUUUUCUGCUUAUUUGAUUGCUUUACUCUGAAUUAUUUGUAUUGUUCUCAUAGCUGCUGUUGCAGACAUUUAGACUUAAACUUGUACAGAAUUUGUACAGUAAUGUCACAAUGCCCAAAAAUCGAAUGUGGAUAUUACUGUAUGUUAACCAUCAGGAUGUGAUAGGAAAUGACUUGGCAAAAAUUCAACUGCUUAUUUUAUACUCUUGCUUGGGGAUGAACUGUAAGUACGUGUUGUGGAUUUGCGACCUGACACAAAAUGUUGUACACUUUAUCAGCUGGAUUUACAUAUGAACUGACACAAUAAUAAAGAAUAUAUACAUUG